AUGUGGGCGAAGGAGAUCGACAUUCUUGGCGUACGAUCUCUGUACGGGAUGACAGGCGGUAUCCUGCAUACCACACAGAUUAUCUGGGGUGAUACGAAGACGGUCGGAUGCGCAACUAGAAAAUGCGGUCCGGGUAAAAAAGCGGUCGUUUGCCAUUACUAUCCUCAGUAA